AUGAAAGGAGUCUUUGAAAAUAAAAUCUCUAUUACUGAAUAUGAUAUCAGAGGAAAUGUCUUUGCCAUCUUCAAAAAAGGUGAUAAAAAUUUUGAAAGCAAUUAUAGAUUCAUUAAUGCACUAAAUAGCCUUUAUAAACCACUAAUGAAAUACUUUAAUAAAUGUGUACGAGAUUGGUGUAGUAAUAUUAUAUCUGAUAACCAAUUUGCAGGAAAGCAAGGAUAUGAUGGAGCUUUAGACAUUGGUAUAACCAACAGAAUUCUACAAGAAAUGAGAUAA